ACUGCAAGAGCAAGACGGUGGCAUGGAGCUGAAGCUCUGGUGCUUGGUGGCCAUUGGACAUGUCCUGUUCAUGGUCUGCCAUAGGUGGGAUCAGCCACCAGCAUUAUAAAAAGGGCUGGCAGUGAAUCCGCCCUGGGGAACCAACCGCUGAACCCUGGAGCAAGGAACAGAUGGUGACGUGGGCUGGCUGGAGGAGGUGCCUAGGAGGAGGCGUGGUGCCAGUAUUCUGUAGUGGGGAGUCCAGCAUGUGCUCGAUGCCAAUUCAGUGUCUGUAGGGCUUCAGCUCAACUGGGACACAGAUCACAGUGCUGGUUCAGAUCCAUAAGGGUUCCCCGGUAGGCAGCAGGAAUGGCAGGAACUCAGGUGGGACAGCCGGGACCUUUCCUGGAGCCUCUGGUUGGGCCUUGCCCCGUCUCCGACUCUGACUCUGACUCAGAGGACGCAGCUGUGGGUGGCACAGGACCCAGUGCUGCGACACAGAACUACUCCCAGGUCAUCCACAGUGGCCACUUCAUGGUCUCGUGCCCACACAGCGACUCAGUGCCCCGGCGACGGCACCACCGCGCAGAGCCUGAGCUGACUGAUACCCGGAGUAUUGACCCGACCCUCACCCGGCUCUUUGAGUGCAUGAGCCUGGAGUACAGUGGGAAGCUAGUAUCUCCAAAGUGGAAGAAUUUCAAGGGGCUGCGGCUGCUUUGCUGGGAUAAAAUUCGACUCAACAAUGUGAUCUGGAGAGCAUGGUACAUCCAAUAUGUGGAACGGAGGAAAAACCCUGUGUGCGGCUUCAUCACCCCUCUGGAGGGCAUGGAGGCUGAUGAGCACCGAAAACCAGAGGCUGUCGUGCUGGAGGGCAACUACUGGAAACGCCGCAUUGAGGUGGUGAUGAGGGAGUACCACAAAUGGAGGAUCUACUAUAAGAAGCGGCUCCGAAAAUCCGCACGGGAGGGAGGGAUCUCCAGUCCAAAGCAGGAUGAGGAUGUCUGGAGGCCAACAGAGAAAUGGUGCAACCAGCUGUUCUGCAACGUAGUGCCCAUGCUGCUUGGGGAUGAGGAGGAGGAGCAUGGGAGCAGGCAGCAUUUCGAUAUGGACACCUUCCUCUCGGACAUAUCUGACACCCUCUUCACCAUGACACAGAUGCCCAGCACCCACCAGGCGCUCCCUGAAGAUGUGUAUGUUGGGAAUGCUGACAUGAUACAGCCGGAUUUGGCACCCCUGCAGCCUAGCCUGGAUGACAUGGACAUAUCAGAAAUCUUCACCAGCCACCGGCCACCCCCAUCUCAGACACUUGACUCUGCAGAAAUCUUCACCAGCCACCGGCCACCCCCAUCUCAGACACAACCAGGCUACCAGGAUCCAUCCUGCUUCUCGCCCAUGGCUGAGCCCCUCUUCAGCAGUAGGGGGUCCCUGAUGGGUGCUCGGGGUCUGCCUGUGAGCCCCGAGGCCCCACUCCUACCUGGCACCCUCCUCCAGCCCAGUGGUGCCUCCCAGCUCAGCCUCCACAGCUCCUUCCUGGGCUCUGAGCUGCCCCUGGCCCCCCUGCCCCCUGAACCCCCCGACGUGGCACCCAGCAGCCUCAGCCCCCAGCUCCGACACAAGCCCACACUGCAGUACGACUUCCCUGGCAAGUGCCUCAGCCUGGAGCCACCAGCACCCCACUAUGUCCCCCCCAUCCCAUCCCCCCGGGCACCACUGCUGAGCCUGGAACCCCCAUUCUCCCCCACCUCUGCCCCCCGCUCUAAGUUUCCCUACAGCAGUUCACCUGAUCCCUUGCUUGCCACCCACCCUGCCUCCCCUCUCUCAAGCCCUUGCUUUGCCCCCUAUGUCCCAGGCCUGGGCUAUGCCACAGGCAUGGGGCCCCAGGAGUACUCCAGCCCUGCUGUCUCCCAGCUCCUGCCCCCUGCCCUGCUGGGCAACCCCAGGUUUACUCCUGCCAAGGGGCCACCCCAGGGUGAGGGUGGGGGGCCCAAGGUGAAGCCCAGUGGCACCAAGGCAAGGAGGCUGCCAGGACACCCCCUGUCCCACCUGCCUGAGCCCAACCCCUGCCCGAGCCAGCUCCUGACCACAGCCAAGCAGGACCUGGUGCUGGAUACCCCUUGCCCGAUAGGUGCAGGACUCAUGCCCACGACCCCUUUCUCCGAGCAGCAGAGCACUGUCCCCAAAGUCCCUGCCACCUUCCUCGCCAGAAUGGCUCAGAUAAGCCCAGGACUGGCUCCUGGCUCCAGCCCUUCCCAAGUGUUGCUGCACACAGUGGGCACACAGCUGGGCCCCCGGCAAGUCCCCAAGGCAGAGCAGCUGUCCCCCACCUCAGCUUGUGGCAGUGACUGGCCCAAGCCCAGCCAGGCUUCCCCAGGACCUACUGCAAGGCAGGGCACUAGCAUCUCCCUGCACCAGCCCACGUCCCGUCCAGGAAGGGCCGGGUCCACCAAGCUUUGGGCCAGACUCUUCCCCGUGGGGCUGGUGGCCCAUGGCUGUCCCCACUGCUGGGAGGUGCCUGAUGGUGCUGACCUGCAGCUGGAGAGCCGCCGCAUCACACACAUCUCCGCUGAGCAGAAGAGACGCUUCAACAUCAAGCUUGGCUUCACCACACUGCACAGCUUGGUGAGCACACUGAGUGCUCAGCCCAGCAUCAAGGUGAGCACCCAGGACCAGCCCUGUGCAUGGAGGGACACGGCACAUCACCUAGAGACACUGCAUCCCUGCUGUGACCCACAGCACAGAGCUCCUCUCCUGCACCCCAGCUUGUGGUGCAGGAGGCUGGAGCACGCAGCAGGCACACAGUUCAGCUGUGCAAGGGUGGUCUGGGCCCCCUUCCCCUCUCACCCCAUGGCCUCCCAGGUCAGCAAGGCUACCACCCUGCAGAAGACAGCCGAGUAUAUUUGCAAGCUGCAGCAGGAGCGGGCAGCUCUGCAGGAUGAGGCACAGCGUCUGCGGGAGCAGAUCGAGGAGCUCAAUGGCUCCAUCAACUUGUGCCAGGAGCAGCUGCCGGCCACAGGAGUUCCCAUCACACGGCAGCGCUUUGACCACAUGCGCAGAAUGUUUGAAGAGUAUGUUCGCUCCUCCACACUGCAGAACUGGAAGUUCUGGAUUUUCAGUAUCAUCAUCCGGCCCCUCUUCGAGUCUUUCAAUGGCAUGGUGUCCACAGCCAGUGUGGAGAGCCUCACCCAAACAUCCCUCGCUUGGCUGGACCAGCACUGCUCCCUCCCAGCGCUUCGCCCAACCGUCUUGAGCUCCCUGCGGCAGCUGAGCAUCUCCACCUCCAUCCUCAACGACCCGGCCCAUGUCCCCGAGCAGGCGGCGCGGGCAGUGGCAGCGCUGGGACGCCCCGGCGGUGCUGGGACGCCCUCCAUCUGACUGCUCCAGGGGCUCCGAGGUGUCCCACGGGCGCCGGCGUGGGGAGCCGGUACUGCACGAGGGCUGUCCUGCCCUGUCCCCCUGCAAUAAAGGACUUGCUGUGCCACGGA